AAAAUUUGUGAAUGGGAGGGGAAACACAUCAAAACUCAAAAACCCCGGACCCUUUUCCUUAAACCCUAAGGAACUUUCACCGAAUCCGUAGCGGCAUGGAAUCUCUCAGAUUGAAAACCAACUACCGCUGCGUCCCCGCUCUGCAGCAGUUCUACACCGGUGGCCCCUUUGUUGUCUCAUCGGACAACUCCUUCAUCGCCUGUGCCUGCGGUGAGUCAAUCAAAAUCGUCGACUCCGUCACCGCCGCCAUACGCUCCACCCUCGACGCCGACUCUGAGUCCGUCACCGCUUUGGCACUCAGCCCCGACGACCGCAUACUAUUCUCUUCCAGCCACAGCCGCCAAAUCAGAGUAUGGGAUUUGUCCACGUUCAAGUGCGUCCGCUCCUGGAAGGGUCAUGAUGGUCCGGUUAUGUGCAUGACGUGUCAUCCUUCCGGAGGGUUGCUCGCUACCGGUGGAGCUGAUAGGAAGGUUCUAGUGUGGGAUGUGGAUGGUGGUUACUGCACUCAUUACUUUAAAGGUCAUGGUGGAGUAGUUUCUUGUGUCAUGUUCCAUCCCGAUCCUGAGAAACAACUUCUUUUUUCUGGAAGUGAUGACGGUGGUGAUAAUGCUACAGUAAGGGUUUGGGAUGUUUCCAAAACCAAGAAAAAGAACUGUAUUGCUACAUUAGAUAAUCAUCGCUCAGCUGUGACUUCUUUGGCAAUAUCUGAAGAUGGCUGGACGCUACUUAGUUCUGGAAGAGACAAGGUUGUAACAUUGUGGGAUCUUCACGAUUAUAGCAACAAGAAGACUGUCAUUACUAAUGAGGCAGUUGAAGCUGUCUGUGUGAUUGGUUCCAGCAGUCCCUUUGCUUCAUCUCUGCAUUCAUAUAAGCAAGAUGCAAAAAAACGCAGUGGUUCCAAAGCAUUCUAUUUCAUUACAGUUGGUGAACGUGGCAUUGUACGCAUAUGGAAUUCUAAAGGGGCAGGUUGCAUCUUUGAGCAGAAGACUUCAGAUGUUACAGCUAGCAUAGAUGAUGAUGAAUCACGUAGGGGUUUCACUUCUGCUGUUAUGCUUCCCUCUGAUCAAGGAUUGCUAUGUGUGACUGCGGAUCAGCAGUUUCUAUUUUACUCUCUGGAAUGCACUGAAGAAUUGUUACAAUUAAAUCUAACCAAAAGACUUGUUGGAUAUAAUGAAGAAAUUGUGGAUAUGAAGUUUUUGGGGGAUGAUGAAAAAUUCCUAGCCCUUGCUACAAAUCUUGAACAGGUAUGAGGAUGUGUUUUUAUCUAGAAAUUAGCAAACUGUUGUGAAUUAAAUAUAGUACGACACUUUCAUUUACAUUCUGGUACACACACACUGUUAAAAGCUAAAUUUUCUUGGCUGCACAAUGUUGUUCUUGUCUAGUUUUCUGGUGUUUGUUCUUGUCGCAUUGUCAAUGUAAUUGUAAUUUGUCAGAAUAUGAGCACUUUUAGAAUAUUUUUAUACAUAGAAAAUUUGGGGAUGAGAUUUCGUUUAUAGCUAUUUUUCAUUUUACAAUUAAUUACUUCAAUAAGUCCAUUCUGAAAUCUUUAGUUCACAAGGCGAAUGAGUUAUAAUUGUUUCUAAGAUGAUUUUCCAAUGUUAUUUGUGCUUUUAGUGAUCUGUGACAUGAAAACCUCAUUGAUUUUUAAAUUGUUUUGUCUUUUGGAUGAACAUCACAUGUUUACACCAGGAAGGAUAUUCCCACCAAACCCAUUGAAAAUGAUUAUACAAACGAGUUAAGACUAAAUGAGGUAGUGGAAUAUGAGUUUUAUAACCAUGAUGUUGGGGUGGGUUGAACUUGUGUCUGGACUUAAAGUAAUUUUUCAAGAGUGAAUUUGGACGUAUUGGUUUGGAGGGGAGCACCUUGGAAAGGUUUGCUAAUUUUUUAAAUUGCAAGGUUUCACAUUUCCUUUUAUUUAUAUUGGUGUAACUUUGGGUGCUAAUCCUCUUCGAGAGGUUGAUUGGAAGCCUAUUCUAGGUAAUUUCUCUAAGAAAUUGGCACCUUGGAAAUAGGUCUUGGAUCUGUUUGCCGGGAGGUUAUGCUUAGUCACUUAUGUUCUGUUAUCUUUAUGAAUCUUUUUCCCAUCCAUUUUCAAAAUUCCGAGUGGGGUGUGGAAGAAAAUUAGAAGAUGCAAAGAAAGUUAUUGUGGGUGUAUUAAGAAAAAUACAUUGGGUUACUUGGGAAAAAUUAUGUAGAUGAAAAAAUAUGGAGGAUUUGGAGUGACAGAUAUAAAACUGUUCGAUGAGUCAUUGCUAGCAAAUGGAUGUGAUAAUUAUUGGAACACUGAGCAGCAUUGAGGGUUAGAUUACUAGAAUCAAAAUAUGGUGCUUGGAAGGGUAGUAGUAGGGAGGAUAGAUGCAUAAAUGUAUCAAUAUGGUGCAAAGGUAUGUAAGGUGUGUGGGGGCAAAACUUACCUUGGUGGUAUGAUUAUACGAUGAAAUGGAAAAUUGCAAAUGGGCGGGUCAGGAGAUUUUGGUUAGAUAAUUGGAUGGCAAAAGGUGUCCUUGCGUCAUGUUAUGCUAGACUUCAUGCCAAUUUAAAACAACAAAAGGGGGGUUGUUCUCUGACGAACAUUCUGAUCACAACUCAAUCAUGAACAUUAUUUUCUAUACAUGGAUUUGGGUGAGAGGAUAUAUACCACUUGCUCAUUCAUAUUCCCAGUAGCAAGCUCAGGUAAAACUAUGCUUGAAGGAUGCCAGUAACAAAUGGUGGACAUAAGAGAAAGGAGCAUGGCUUCAAUUGAUGGGGUGGAAGUAGAAAUGAACAUCCACAUGAUUUACCUGGAGUAAUUAUUUUGGUAUGUAAAACAGAAAAAAGGAACUUGCAGGAGCGUAAUCAGAUGUACUUAUUGAUGAAUAUAGGUGAUGGAGAUGUAUUAUUUUGGAGUCUGGUU